GUAAACAUUUUGCGUGCCAUCUAGCGGUGACUUAUUCUCCAUACCAAUAGGUCUACUUCUAUGUAUGUUCAUCCUAAGCGAAGGUACUGGAUGGAGAUGGCAGGAAAUGAAGUGCUUCAGACAUGCUGAAAACUUUUCAGAAUGGCCGGACAUCUGGACUGGCAGUAAUGAAAAAUUUGCCGUCUUCAAACUGAUGAGUACAUAUACGUCAGAUGUAAUCAUGAGGUUAGAGGUCACCAUGGAAGUAGUAGGAUCUGAGCGGCCAGUGCAUUGUUGGUCAGUAGACGGGGCAUGUUUGGCAGUGAUGAGGGAGUGGUCAAUGUGGACAGUAUGUGGUUAAUAGACGAGAACAACCUGACUAUAUGUGCUGUUGUCACAGUUGGGAUGCAGCUAGUCUUUUUCCUCAUUGCGUACGGGUGUAGGUUUGACAAAGUAACAGACUUUGCUGGAGGAACAAACUUUGUUAUCUUGGCGUUGCUGACAUUUCUACUUGCACAGACCUAUACUGUGCGUCAGAUAGUAAUAACGGUACUGGUUUGUGUCUGGGGCAUCCGUUUGUCUGGCUAUCUCCUGUACAGGAUUAUCAAGAUAGGAGAAGAUUCCCGCUUUGAUGACAGGCGAGACAGCUGCUUAAGAUUUGCUGGCUUCUGGACAUUUCAAGCCAUGUGGGUUUUCACUGUGAGUCUCCCAGUGAUUUUCAUCAAUGCCCCUGGCACCAAAGAGAAAGCCCCUGCAGAUGAGUUUAAGGCUGUUGACAUCAUAGCUACUGUGGUGUGGACAAUUGGGCUACUCAUAGAGACCUUUGCAGAUUUUCAGAAGUUUAAUUUUAGAGAUAACCCUGAUAACAAAGGAAGAUGGUGUGACUAUGGUUUGUGGAAAUGCUCUCGCCACCCGAAUUACUUUGGAGAGCUGGUCAUUUGGUGGUCAGUUUUUGUGAUAAGCACGUCCAUUUUACGGUACGGUCAGUGGGCCGCCAUUCUCAGUCCAGUGUUUAUCACUUUCAUCAUCCUGUUCCUUUCUGGGAUCCCUCUACUGGAGCAGAAGGCAGAUGAACGCUACAAAGGCAAUGCAGACUAUGUGGAGUACAAGCUAAACACCAGCCCCUUGGUUCCACUGCCUCCAAGUUUCUACAGAUCCAUUCCACGUCAUCUGAGGUGUUUCUUAUGUUGUGAGUUCCCACUGUACAAUUUCCUUGAGGAGAUGAACUACGACACACACUCUGCCAAUGAAUCAACUGUAAUUACUACAGCAUCUGUGACACCAGAGGUCAUAAAUGAGCAAGCCAAGAUGAACCAAAACACAGUCAGUAGUGAUAAAAAUUAUGGCACCACUCAGGAGCAGUCUGGAGCUGCUAGUACUGGGAACUUAAACAAUAGUAACAGUAAUCAUAUUGUAGAAAUUGGUAACAUUAAUAAUAAUGGUGAUGACAAUAACAGUAAUAACAAUGGUUUUGGUAAUUCAUAUGGUAAUUAUUACCAUGCAGAUCCCAACAGGCCCCAAGUGGUAGUUGCCAUUACAAAUGAGGCGGGGACAAAAUGUAAGUCGAUGCUCAUGAAUACUGGAGACGAAACUACAAGUGAUCCCAAGCAAAGUUUGACUAAUUUAUACACUGGGAAAGAAGAUGAAGUACCCCAAACCAGCAAACAAGUGACAGAUCUGAAAAAAUCAUCUGACCCAACAAAGUGGUUCAGUUUGCCAAACAUUCCCAACAUGCCUGCGGUGAAAGUAAUGGACACUUGUGUUGCAUCUGUGAGCAGUGAUGAUGUCCCUGUGGUCAACAGAAAAGCACUAUCGAUGGUCAAAGAUGACCCUGUACCUGACGAUAUAUUUGAAAACCCAGAUGAUGAAGCUGUCUUGGUAUUAAAUGAGGGACACAAGGCUAUGACUAUGUAGAUUUUAUUCACUGAUUAUAUAUCAGGCUGAAGUGGUGCUGGCAGUGAUUGAUUUGACAAAUCUUAAAUUACAUUAUUUUAACAGGUUCAUGUGUGUCAGAGGGUAAACUAGAACUAAUUUGGAGAAACUAACAAAAGUUGAGAUAAUGUUGGAGGUCAUGGCCACUGUGAAUCAUGAUGGAAUAGCAGUUCACUGUUAACAGGAGUGAUCAGUUCUAAGUUGACAAUAAAAUUAAAACAAGGGUCACAAAAAACAAAUUGGUGCUUGAAAGUCAAAAAAUUGGGAAGUUGGCUGGCAUGAUGUGAUACAUGAUUUUAUCAAUGUUAUGGUGUAUAUAUUUUGCAAAGUUGAUAUCAAGAGCAAAUGUCUAAGAAUCAAAUAUGGGUGGCGACGGCUCAAAAAUAGAUUUCCUUUUUUCGUCAAGCCAUAGACCUUGAUUCCAAGCUAACAAAACCAGCAUUCUUACCUCUCAAAAUAUUUUUGAUUUUUGAUCUAUUUUGUAAAAUUGGGAAACUGAGUUAGAAACCUUGACAUUGGCUGAUUUCAUAGCCUCGUUUCAAUCACAUGAAAAUUAAAAUCGUGUACAUUUCAAUUU